CAGCUGCUCCUUGCGCCCCUCGUGUCUAGCAUACCCACUCUGCACACCUGCUGCCACCUAGUCUGGCCGACACUCCGUCCGCUGCAGCAAUGCCGUCGCCCCCCUCGUCCGCCGCUGGCAGCGCCGUCGUGGCGCUCGCGCAGAUCCCGCGCCUAGCGGCCGUGCUGCGUGGCGCCCGUGCCCGCUCGCCGGCGUCCGACGCCGCCGAGGGCAGCCAGGGCAAGGCAGCCAAGUUCGCGUGUGCAGACCGAGUCGGCCUGCUGCAGGCCGACAUUACCACUCUGCGUGUCGAUGCCAUCGUGAACGCCGCGAACCGCUCGCUGCUCGGCGGUGGAGGAGUGGACGGAGCGAUCCACCGCGCCGCGGGAAAGGAGCUGCUUGAGGCCUGCCGCGAGCUCGACGGCUGCGAUACGGGCGACGCCAAGACGACGGGCGCGUUCAAGCUGCCAAGCAAGCACAUUGUGCACACCGUCGGGCCGGUCUACAGCAAGACGAAGCCGGAGCAGAGCGAGGCACAGCUGCGCUCGGCGUAUCGCCGCUCCCUCGAGGAGGCAGCGGCCGUGGGCGCGCGGAGCGUGGCUUUCCCGAGCAUCAGCACGGGCGUGUACGGCUACCCCAUCGAGGACGCCACGCGCGUGGCGCUGCGCGUCGUCGGCGAGUGGCUGACUGCUUCUGAGGGCGCGGAGACGGAGCUCGUCGUGUUCUGCACGUUCAGCAAGAAGGACAGAGACGUGUACGAGCGCCUGGCGCCCGAGUACUUCGAGGCCGGCGAGGAGGCAGAAGAGCAAGCCGACGGUGCUGCGCCGGCGGAGCAGGAGGCAGAGGCAGGCGCGACCGCUGCACCGACGGAGCAGGAGACAGAGGCAGACGACGCUGCGGCGUCUAAGGCGCAGGAGGCAUCGGCGCCGCCCGAGAAGGUGGAGCUCGACGAGGGCGUCACGACUCGUGCUCAGGCCAAGACGGUGGCCGAGCGCCGCAGCGCCAGCCCGCAGCAGGAGCGUGCCGCGACGAGGGACUAGGGCGGCGAUGGGACUAGGUCAAUGGCAUCGCUGUCACCAUG